AUGGAGUCACAUCUUCUUGACGACUCACGCAUAUAUGAGUGUAAAAUCCAUUCAUGGGGCGAAGCUCCUUAUUAUAUCAAGUUCGAUUUUUUAGAUGGGAAUCCAGCACUUCCUCCCUCUGGUAGAUGCUUCAAUAUCAGAACUUUUUUAGAAGAACGCUAUUACAGCCAUGCUUCAAACAUGCAUCUUACUAGUGCAGCACAUACCCAUGCUGCUAGAUAUGAUUUUUUCAACAUCUCAAUCAAGUCAAUAAAGCAAGCCACAAAUUACAUUCUUUCUAUUCUUAAUGUUCCUGAAAAAAAUCAGAAAUCUAUGGCACAACAGAUUUUAAAUUUCGUAGAAAACAUGGCAAACAACACACACCCAAGUUUUCGUAUGAUGUUUAUGAUUGUGAUGGUGAAUGCUGACAUUUUUUACCACAACAAUGACAACUACGAUCAAGCUACAGAAAUAUCUAUGAAAGAUCAGCUUUGCUUGGCAAAGCUUGCAACUGAAGCAUCCAACAAUAAAUUGAAGGGAGUGAAGCUUCAACAAGAAGAAGGGUUGGAUGCUUGUCCAAUUUGUUUAGAAGAUUUCAGGAUUGAUGCAGUUCAAAUGCCUUGUUCCCAUUUUUUUCAUGGAAAUUGCAUUGUUAACUGGUUGUUGAAGAAGAAUAAUUGCCCUAUAUGUCGCUUGGCAAUUCCAUCAAGUGGUGAACUUCCUUGA